AGUCAGUUGGUCUCGCGCUUUACGCGUGUGCGUAUCUAGUUUUCGCGUUUCGUUCGUUCGGUCGGUAUAUCGUGGUUCGCGUUCGCGUAUUCGUUAUCAGGACGAUUGUCAACGGCCACUGUGACGACAGAUUAUCUCCUCCGCGGUUGAGUAAUUCUCAAACUGUGAUUUGCAUAUCAACGGAGCGACGCCGGUCCAGGACGAUGCCGGAGACGUAAAGGACGCGACGAAAGCGUCUGCGACAGGAUGAUGCAGAAAUGGUGACGGUCUUCGAUAUUCAACGACCGGGCGUUCGUCCUGUGGGAGACAGAGACCAGAAUUAAGGAUGGCCUUUCAGUGGGAGAAACUCUCACCAGCGGAAUUCCAACAGCUCCAGGAUUUGGCAGCUUAUUCCACGCGAAAGCUACAGGAUGUCCUCACGGAAUUUUGCGGUUCGAACACAACGCCCAGCGGUGCGCCGAAAUAUCAUCCGGAUGGGGACAUCGAUUACGAGGGAUUUCGAAAAUUUCUGGACACUUAUCUCGAAUGCGAAACCCCCGACGAACUUUCGCGGCGCCUUUUCCUUUCGUUCGUUAAGAAGGUGCCACGCGGAGUGGAUGGGAAAGCUUUUAAGGAAAUGGCCGUGUUAUCGUCUACAACCGCCUGUGCCGCUAUCACGUCCCACACGACGUCCAGCAGCAACGUGAACAGCACCGGUUUGCCUGGUGGGACAUCGACAGAAAGCCACGGUGGUUCCUCCUUGGCUGACAAAAUUCACGGACUCACAGAGAAGUUGCAAGCUUUGGGACACCACAAAACGGAAAGCGAUGCCUCCAGGGCUCGUACAGGAAGCGUCCAUCCCAUACUGAUGAUACAACACACUUCGUACAGCUGUCACGACGUCAUCGAGAAGAAGAGCACCGACAGCAGCCCCAGUCACAGCCAAAUGUCGCGGAAUUCGUCCAGGAAGUCGAACAAUUCCCUGCUCGUCAACAACGGGAAAUUGGAAGAGAUGAGACAUCUCGUCAGAAAGCAGAGUACGAUAGACGUUCAUUCGGUUAAAGUCAGCUUGAAGGAUAUCGUCUGUUAUCUGUCUCUUCUGGAGGCUGGCAGACCGGAAGACAAAUUGGAAUUCAUGUUCCGGCUGUACGACACAGAUGGAAACGGCGUUCUUGAUACCAACGAAAUGGACUGCAUUGUCAAUCAGAUGAUGAAUGUCGCCGAGUAUCUUGGAUGGGACGUCUCGGAAUUGAAACCGAUACUGCAAGACAUGAUGGUAGAAAUAGACUACGACGCUGAUGGUACCGUGUCCCUGGACGAAUGGAAAAGGGGUGGUUUGACGACGAUCCCGUUGCUGGUGCUCCUAGGUUUGGAUUCGCACGUGGAAGAGGACGGGAUUCACCUCUGGAGGCUGAAGCACUUUAGCAAGCCCGCCUACUGCAAUCUUUGUUUGAAUAUGCUGGUCGGUCUCGGCAAGAAAGGAAUUUGUUGUGUCUUUUGCAAGUACACGGUCCAUGAAAGAUGCGUUCAGAGAGCGCCAGCCUCCUGCAUAGCCACCUACGUAAAGAGCAAGAAAACGUCGCAAACAAUGGCGCACCAUUGGGUCGAGGGGAAUUGCCACGGGAAAUGUUCCAAAUGUAGGAAGACGAUCAAGAGUUACAACGGGAUCACGGGCCUGCACUGCAGAUGGUGUCAACUGACUUUGCAUAACAGAUGCGUCUCGCAAGUCAGAGCGGAAUGCACCCUCGGCGAGUAUGCAGUUCAUAUCCUUCCACCUACGGCGAUUUGUCCAGCCGUCCUGGACAGGCAGAGAUCGUUGUCGCGGGACAGCAAAAGGGGAAGCAAGCACGGUCAGGAUUCAUCGUCCGUUAGCUCCGGUGGAUUCUUAACAUCUAGCAACGCCUCCAACCAGCAGCCAGCGAUGUCCUUCCAAAUCACACCACCUCCCGGCAUAGUGCCGCUGUUAGUCUUCAUAAACCCAAAAUCAGGAGGCCGACAAGGCGAACGUAUGCUUAGGAAGUUCCAGUACAUCUUGAACCCGCGACAGGUCCACAACUUGGCCAGGGGUGGGCCCAGACAGGCUCUACAGAUGUUCAAGGACGUGGAGAACUUCAAGGUGAUCUGCUGCGGGGGCGAUGGUACCGUUGGCUGGGUUCUGGAGACCAUGGAUCGUGUCCAGUUCGAGCACCAACCCGCCGUGGGCGUCAUACCUCUGGGAACAGGCAACGACCUCGCAAGAUGUCUGCGAUGGGGCGGUGGUUACGAGGGCGAAGCGAUUCACAAAGUCCUCAAAAAAAUAGAGAAAGCGACGUCCGUGAUGAUGGACCGUUGGCAGAUCGAAGUACUGGACCAGACGGACGAGAAGAAACCGAAUCAGGAUAGCAUACCUUACAACAUCAUCAACAAUUACUUCUCUGUGGGCGUCGACGCGGCGAUAUGCGUGAAAUUCCACAUGGAGAGGGAGAAGAAUCCCGAAAAGUUCAACAGCAGGAUGAAGAACAAGCUCUGGUACUUUGAAUACGCGACUACGGAACAAUUCGCUGCCAGCUGUAAGAAUCUUCACGAGGAUCUCGAGAUCAUUUGCGACGGAACUCCGCUGGAUUUGGCCCACGGUCCAUCCCUUCAAGGAGUCGCGUUACUGAACAUUCCUUUCACUCAUGGAGGCUCGAAUCUCUGGGGUGAACACCACUCGAGGCACCGCCUGGGCAAACGGAAAAAACGACCGGACAAAGAACUCAGCACCAGUAGCUUCAAUUCGGUAGAUCUCACAGCCGCGAUACAAGAUAUCGGUGACAAUCUCAUAGAGGUGAUCGGUUUGGAGAACUGUCUGCACAUGGGUCAAGUGAAAACAGGACUUCGUCAUUCCGGUAGGAGGUUGGCUCAGUGCAGCAGCGUCACUAUCACCACGAGCAAGCGAUUUCCGAUGCAAAUCGACGGUGAACCGUGGAUGCAAGGCCCUUGCACUAUUCACAUAACGCAUAAAAACCAAGUCCCGAUGCUGAUGGCGCCUCCGCCAGAAAAGGGUCGAGGCUUCUUCCGUUUCCUGAGGAGGUGAACUCCGCCACCCGAAAAACACGUAGCUGAGAAAUCGAAACGAGUGACUCGGUUGACUCGAUUCGCCCUGUGGUAGUCUUGAACGUCGCCCUAUCCCACCCCCUCCCACUCCCUGGUUUAUCUUCUUUUGAUUAAGUCGUGAACGAGAAGCGCAUCGGUUCAAUCGUACGUUACGUACUUCCAGUGCUUGAGCGCUCGUUCGAACGGCAAUGAACGAGCUUCGACGUAACUUAGGUAUUCUUGUGUACAGUAUUUUUGAGAAUAAUAAUAACGAAACAAAGCAUCUGUCAUCUUAGAUUUAGAAUCAGCGGUAGGCUCGUCGAUCGUCGCGCUUUACGAAGCCGAUUCAUCUUGUGCGAGGUAAACUUAUUGAUGAAAUAUUGAUUUUUCGCGUACGUGAGAAGCACUUAUCUUCUAUUUCGAACUUGAGCCCAGAGAUGGACCAAAUUCGAUUCGAACUAAAAACUAAAUUUUAUAUUCUAUUCCGCUUCUAUUUCUGAAAGCUUUGCUAAACAUUUGAAUAAUUCUACAAUUCAAAUUGUAAUUUGUAUGGAUCAAGCGUCUCUCUUAUUUGUUGCUCGACGCUUUUAUCACGAAUUUCGCCCGUCUCUGCUCGAGUCUACCGCUUCACGCGUGCAGGUAUGGUUGUUUUGGAACAAAUGUAGCGAGGCACGACAGGAGUGCUUUUCUCUAUUGAAAAGCUGUCGAUGGAUCCGAAUUAAAUCUCACUUUUAUUUCUCGUCACCCGAACUUUGCUCUCCGAAGUUGUCCCACGCUCGCUAUGUUUCUUCCGUCAAGUAUGCAAGCCUGUACUAUCGCAAUCGGUCGUGUAGACACGACGGAUUGUACGGUAUCAUGCAAAAGAGAAUAAUCUCAUAGGUAACGUUACUGGCUGGCAUAACGAUGAUUUCUUUAAUCGUUGUUUUACCUUGUACAAUGCGUAGAAAUUAGGGGUGUGCGGGAUCCCGGUCGGGACGGGAAUUCCUCCCGGGAUCGGGAUGGAAUCCCGAGAAUUUCAAAAUCCCGUAUACAUUCGAGAUUCCCGGGAAUUUCGAAAUCCCGUACAUUCGGAUUGCUGAAAUUUUCAAGAAUAACAACACUUUCGGAAAUCCCAGAUAUUAUGCUAUAUCCCGUACAUUCUCGGGAAUCCCGUAUAUUUUCGGGAAUCACGCACACCCCUAGUAGAAAUAUCUUAUGGGUUUCAUUUCUCCGAGAUUUGAUUACGCUGGGACGACUCGAGGAUGAACAGAUCAUUUGAUAAUUCUAUUCAUAAAAUAGAUAUCAUUUCUUGCAGAGACCAAGUGUCUUCGUUGAGCGUUGAGCUUGUAUAGUAGCUCUACGAGAAGAUGCCCUGUGGCGAUUCUUUCAAAAUUGAGAACAGGGAGACCUUAGGAUUAACCCCUUGAGCUACAACCACGUGCGAGACUCGUGGUCGGUUAUUCGGGGUAAAACUGUAACGUCCCUUCUCCAGAGGCCAUCUUCUUGGAGCAAGACAGUAUCUAAUAUAUUAUCUAUUUAUUUUGUACUUAGUCAUCCUACUUAGAUGGCAUGUGCACCCUCGACUCACGCCUUGGCGAUGUUUACUUUCACACAAAAGAGUUUCUCGAACGGCGCGUGAAACAAUUUUCCGAGCACUCCUCUUUUUUGCACGACUCCGUCCAACAAUCAAAGAUCUUAUACUUUCCUCUCUUAACGUUAGGAUUUUUGUACGAAAACUUAGUCGUAACCGCUUAGACGUAAAUCGUGAUCGAUUAAUUUAUUUAUUUAUUUAUUUGUCAGAUCUAUUUAUUUAUCCCGCGGCUGAUACCAGCUGGAAUACAAUAUAAUAUCGUGAGCAUAUCAGGAAAACAGCGCGCCCGUACCAAGUACCGUCGUAUGAUUCAGUUGUUCCGUGUUCGUCCUAUGUAUCUAAUCGGGGAUACACGUGUCCCGAGGUGGGCAGAAUUCUUAUCUACAAACAAACUUGGAAUAACGAAUGAAAGAUGAACCGUUUAUUCAUCACUCGUUGAAUAACGAUUAAAAAUUGUAAAAUGAAAUGGAUAAAAUGUAUGUAUUCGAUAAUUUAAGAAUUGAUUUCUGAUCGAAUAAGCAUUAUAAGUUGCUAUCCGUUGAUUUUACUCGGUAUUUAGCAUUUGAAUUUUGCUCACCUCUCGAUUUGGUGCAGCGUAGCCUGUUGAUCAGUGCAACAAAUGCACACAGUUGUGUUUAGACAGUUAAGUUUCCUCUCUUCUUGUCUCUUUUAUCAUUUACAAUUGCCUUUUACACGUUGGCCACUCUUAACGACAACCGCGUAUAUUAACGAUGUUCCCACUUUUGCGAUCUACAGGGUAUGAAACAAAGUAUCUCGCGCCUUGAUCCGAAAGUUCGACUCCGGAUCUGGAUCUAGCAGAGAUAAACAGAUAGUGAGAUCCCUUAAAAAUUUCUUUGCAGUAGUGAAAUGAUAUUGAUAGCAUUUCAAAUACAAUUGUACAAACUUAAAUUAAACGAAGAGGACGAGGAAGGAAUUUAAGAGAAUAAAAUAUUGAGUGUAUAUCAAAACGUAUAGUAAGAUACGAAAAUUUACUUUCUUAUUCGAAUAUACUUUCUUCUACUUCUGGAAGCUUUGUUAAAAAUUCGAAUAAUUUUCUGCUCGGCAAGUUAUUUGUUUUCAGCGAGUGGUUCCAUCGGAACUCGUCGUUCUCUUAUCGAAUAGAGUACACAGAGAUUAGAGACGAGCCAUAAAUUUCAAGAACGAGAUGUUGGUUUAUGCCUUGUACCGCGUCGAAUGAUUAAGAUACAGAAGUGGAUCACUUGAUACUACGCGAACUGUAUCGUUAGAUCGUAGAGAGAACGUGUUACCGAGUUUAAUCAAAACCGAAUCAGCCAACGUGUUAGAUAUUAAUCAGUAUUGCAGUCUCUAGUUAACGAAGAUUUUUCGUACGAUUCUUCAACGACCGUAUCAACAAGCAUUUUCUCAUUAAUCGUUUUUAAGCGCUUCUCCGCAGUUUACAGUUUAAUUAUAGUCGUACACUCGUCCACGCGAGUGCUCCGAAAUUACCAUACUUUGACCUUCGUUCGCGUCUCGAAUACCUGUUGUUUCAUCCACGAGAAGUAAACGUACCAAUCGCGUGCAACCGUGGAAAACAUUUCCAUAGCAUUUUUUCAAAUUUUCCGUCCGGGUACCUUCGCGAAAACCGAAGUGGCUAAGUUUUCUCAUUAAUUUGUGGAUCUGCAUUUCGCGUUCUUUUAUGACAAUGUGACUCUUAAUAUACAUAGUUUAGACUAUCCACAUCCUAAUGAGUUAAUAGAGAUCAGUCGCCAUUCUCUAUAUUAUUUAAAAUAUUACCGAUCCAAUGUCGAUAGAUCUUUGUAAGAUUGCUAAAAAGGAAUAACUGUUUCUUUCUAAAAAUUCGCUUUAGCCGAAGGUAUCAACAAACAAAAGGAUAAUUACUUUUAUGCAGUAUUAUGUGUCACUAAUGAACAGUAAGUUUGUUCGAUUUUGACUAAUUUUUAUUAUCGUUUCUGAGCACUCGUCAGGCACGCUUGUUUACGCGCUCUGAAGUGUCAAUUUUAAGAGAGAACGUAACGAAUCGUAAUGUAUUUUGACUAAAUCGUCGUAGCAAUAUCGAAUAGAGCGCUUCGAUCGCAUAACAAGGACGAGAUGCUCGCGUAAUAAACAAUGAGGUCAAUGUAAAUCCACUCGUACCGAUAAAGCAUCUACUUCGCUCGCGUACCACGUUUACAGGUGUGGCUCAUGCUUUUAUAUAAAACGAACAAAAAUAUGAGUAUAAUAAAAAGAUACUCCGAUCAACAUCCCGCAGGGACCAUCUCAUCGUUGAGAUCCAUUUAACUGAUACAGAAUAAUAUCCUAAAUUUUAUCUUUCGACGACCACGUUAGCAUUUCAGUGACGCUUCAAUUCGGCGAUACGCGUUUCCUUACUGUCUAUCAGACUCUAUAUCGCCAAGGAAUCGUAGAAUUUUUUCCAGUAUUCUUCUCGUUUCUCCCUUAAGUUGCACACUUUGUCCUCCAUUCGCGAUUAAACGCAAUUUCGUGGAACGUUCGCGUAGAGCGUCGCUAGUCAAUACUUUCAACCCUGUAUUUCUAUUUCUGUAGAUAACAAUUAUCGGUUUUAUAAUUGUUAUACGCGCAUAUCUUCUUCCAUUAGCGAUUAUACGAUCGAGUGUAUACAGGAUACGUCGCGACACUUUGGGGAUCGAUUUGGGGAGAUUGAGAAGAUCAAGGACAAUCGAAGACGGGUUUUAGUUGAGUCGUAAGCUUUGAUACGUUUUAAGAAUUUAAUUAGAAUUUUUUAGAAUAGUAAUGGAUCGUUUUCGUUUACGUAUUCAAUAGAAGAGUUCCUCGUUGGUAGAAUUUUCUCCCCUGCCCUUCUUUUUGUUCUUACAAGAAAUAUUACGCGAGCAGAAAUUCGCAAAACAACGCCUUCUUUGACGCCCUGUAUAUUCUUGUAAAUGUAUAAAAAUCCACGGUCUACUUAUGGCUCAACCUAAUAGUAUAAAUACAGUGGGUGUAGAAAGUAUUCGUGCACCGAUCAAUUUCCAAAGAAAACUAUGUAAAAUUGUAAUUUAUUAACUUAUUUUUUAUAAACAAUGACAUUCUACAUAUUCUCGGAAAUCUGUAGAAUAGAUAAAAAAAAAAACGAUUAAUCGAUAGAAAUAUUGAAGUAAUAAGUAUUCGCACAAUUGUUUAAUUUUUAAAACUUCAUUUAAAAAAAAAAGAAAUUUACAUUAAUUUACAAGUAUAUAAUACUUCCUUCGUAGGAUUUCCUUUUGAUUUUAUUAUUCUUACAACUCUUCUAAGCGUUAAAUUAACUAAAUUAUUACUUAUUCGAGGUGGCAUCUUCUUCAAUUCCUCUAUUAGAGCCAUUUUUAAAAGUACUUUCCUGGAAAAUUGAUGUUUUCUAAUUCGUACGGAGCAAUAAACUAACGUGUUUACGUUACAAACUCUACUCUAAAUGGUUCGUCAUAAGAAUCGUACAAAUACUUAUUGCUUCAAUACUUUUACCCGCUUUUCGCAUUUUUUUGUUAAUUUCACAAAUUGUAUUAACUAGUAAAUGUUGUUUGAACUAUAUCUAUCUCAGAGACUUCCGAGAAUAUGUAAAAUAUCAUUGAUUAUAAAAAAAGAAGUUAAGAAACUACAAUUUCACACAAAAGUAUCUUUGGAAAUUGAUCGAUGUACAUGAUGAUUCUACACCCACUGUAUGUGCCCCGAUAAGUCUUGUUCCUUGACAUAUCCUCGAUUAAUUACUAAAGUGUAUUCCACGUGUUAGGAUUCAUCCUGUGUACCCUCGAUCGUAUCUCUUACAUAGUUGCUCUCGUUCGACGAAUCGAAAUAUUACGCUUACGUAUAAUGAUACGACCAUUAAGGUCAUAAUCGUUAAGUCGUUAAUCAUUAGCGAGAAAAUUCGCGCGAGGAGUCCUGUCGUAGCUCCUCGUCGCGAAUCUGUGAAUACUAUCGGCACAAUAAUUAAAAUGAUUGUUUUUCUAUUGGAUUGGCGCAGUGUCUCAGUGUGUGCUUGUUGUCGUGUAAUGUUACGGUGUAGAGAAAAGACCCAAAAAAGAGGGAGAGAGAAACACAAGUGAACAAAAUGUAUUUCACUGGGACGAAAAAGAGAUUAUUUAUGUUUUGUUUGAAUUCUGAACCUUAACGCGAGGUAUCGAUGUCGAUUCUUGUUAACUAUAUACACUGUGACCCAUUUCAAUCUACAAACGGAUAUAUUCGAGAAAGGAAGUGAACGCGUGUACAUAUUAGUGAUAAAAGAAGGUCGCGCCAUUGGAAUAUCGAGGAGAAACGUGCUCGAAGCACGUUUAUUGUUUUUUAAUUAAAUUUCGUGUAUUUAUUACGGUUUAGUAAAUUCUAGAAUUUUUUCGUAAAGCAUUAAAUAAAAAAGUGAUUCGUAAAGCGUAGGGUAACCUUAACGAAACUUCGAGGACCCCUUCGAGCGAUUCUCCUCGACAUUUCGUUGCCCCCCUCUCAUAUCCAUUUUUUUCAGUAGGUUUUAUUCCACUAGUAGAUUAAAAUGAGACACGUUGUAUAUGAAGCUAACGUGCGUAGAGAUUGACAAUAGUGCUCGUCAAUUAUUCCCCCUUUUUUUUUCUUUUCUUUUAAUUAGUCAAAUAACGAGCAAGCGAGUCGACAGGUUCAACGAGCAACGUUGUUACUUUCGAUGAAGAAAUAAAAACGUCUUGGUAGUCAAAGUAACAGAUGGGAUAAUUUUCAAGAGGUCUUGCUCGGGUAAUAGAUUUUAAUAUUGUUUCGUCGAGGAGCUUACGCAAUUUGAUGUAUCCAACGAGCAUGGGAAUUCCAAUUAAUCAAGAAUUGAACAAUUUGUAUGGUUAGUCCGACACACGUUCAUAGAAAACGAUUUCAUUCGCCCCGAUAUAACGGAGUCUUAGUCGUUAAGCGCAAUUUAAAAAUCUAUUCGGAUUAGAUGAAUUUACUGCCACUUUUCUUGGGUCUACGUAUGUUUGAGCACUACUGCCAUUUUCCAAGAGAUAGUCGCGUAUGGGAAGGAAAGCCUGUCUAUUCUAGUGUAAUAUACAAAAUAAACUGUAAAUUACGAUACACAAACGGGUUGCUAUUUUAACAGAAAAUCCUCUAAAUAAUAGAUCGUUUACUAUCAACGUACAAAUAACGAAAAUUAUGAUGGUACGUUUCAAUUAUAAUUUUAUUGCCGUUUUAAGAUGUUUUUUCUAUCAAUUUCUCGAUUUAUAAUCCUCUCAUAAUUGCUUUUUAUGUUUCGUUGUAUACUUUCUUAAUUCUGAGCUUUUAAAAUUAUACAUUUACAAUUCUAGUUUAAGUAUAAAUAUUCGUUUUUAAUACAUAUCGAUAAGUUGAUAUAAUAAAAUCUUAUUUCUAUCUUAAAAAGCGCGCGUUAACGGGGGUUGAAAUCGAUCGCCUACCUCGCGGUGAAUAUACCGAACUAAUUUGUGAAGUAUGGUCAGCGCCUCUAUCGGGAGAACGCUCAGUUUGUCGCCGAUUAGUUUCCCUUGCAACGAUAGGUGGCGCCAUUUGUUUUUUUUUUUUAACUAAAAAAUAAAGAUUUAAAGGUUAAAACAUGAUUCUCAUUUAUAUUUUAAUAUCACAAUCUCUUUCCACUUGUUUAUUAUAGGAUAAAUAACCCUUUAUUUUUUUUAUUAAAACAUACAAACGUUCCCAUCUAAAGGUAUUGAUCGACUCCGAAAAUAAUACGGUCUAUCACCACUAGAUGGCAAUAUAAGUAUUCGUAAAGCUUUUUUUUUAUUAUAUCUAAUAAUAAAUUAAUGAACAAGCAUGGUGAAAUAAAAAUACGAAUGAGAAU